AAAAAAAACGCGUUCGGGAGAAAAAUAACAGAAGUCUCUCUCGGGGGGGAAGCUCGUCCUUCUCCAGCCCGAGAACGGAGCCUCCGAGCGGGGAUGGAAGCAGCGGUGUAGCCCCGGUGGUGAUGCCUUUAGUUGUAGGAUUUCCCACAGCACCUCCAACGCAGCAGCAGGUUGGUUUCCGUAGCAACGGCUGACAACAGAGGAGAAGAAGAUGGUUCACAUCACGGAGGACAUGAUUCGCCGUCGCGCCGAGCACAACGAGUGUGAGAUCUUCUCCCUGGAGGAGGUUUCUCUGCACCAGCAGGACAUCGAGAGGAUCGAACACAUCGACAGGUGGUGCCGAGACCUGAGGAUCCUCUACCUGCAGAACAACCUCAUCCCCAGGAUAGAGAAUCUGGGACGCCUGAAGAAGCUGGAGUAUCUGAAUCUUGCCUUGAACAACGUUGAAGUCAUUGAAAACCUUGAAGGCUGCGAGAGCCUCCAGAAGCUGGAUCUGACGGUGAACUUCGUGGGUCGUCUGAGCAGCGUCGAGUCCCUGAAGCAGAACGUCCGCCUCCGAGAACUGUUCCUGGUGGGGAACCCGUGCACCGAGUACGACGGAUACCGACGCUACGUGGUGGCAGCUCUGCCUCAGCUCCAGUGUUUGGACGGGACCGAGAUCAGUCGGUCUGAGAGGAUCCGAGCGUCUCAGGGUCUGGAGGAGACGAGGAGACGAGUCGGGGAGCAGGAGAGGAGUUACCUGAGGAGGAGAGAGGAGGAGAAGGAGGAGGCGCAGAGGAAAGGAAGCAAGGAGAGGAGGACGGGGUUGGACGGACGCUGUUUCACAGACAUCAGCAACACAACGACUUCACCGUCAGAGGAGAACCAGGGGAACCAGGAGAACCAGGAGAACCAGGAGAACCUGGACGAGGACCAACGGGAGAAGGAGUUCUGGCAGACGCCGUGUGCUUUCACCCCCGAGUCUCGUCUGGAGGCUCAUCGCCACCUGGAGGAGAAGAGGAGGGCGAAGGAGGAGAAGGAGAAGCAGAAGACGAUGACGAAGAAGAAGAAUCCACCGAGGACGCUGAUCACCGCCGACGGGCGAGUCAUGAACGUCAACGAGCCCAAGCUGGACUUCUCUCUGACAGAAGAUGAAGACAACAACACGAUUGUCUUGGACCUGGCAGUGUUCAGACACAUGGACACCUCUCUGAUGGACGUGGACGUUCAGCCGACGUACGCCAGAGUCAGCGUCAAAGGAAAGAUGUUUCAGAUAGUUCUGCCGGCUGAAGUGAAGCCGGACAGUUCGACAGCUCAGAGGUCCCAAACCACCGGACACCUGGUCCUGACGAUGCCCCGGGCUGAAGGUGAAAUCAAAGUGAUGAAGUCCGUCCCACGUCCACACAGAGCGAGAGAAAUCAGACGCAGCAGCUCGUCGGAGGACAAUAAAAGAGACGAUCGUGUCCCUGAGAAGCUGGAGGUCGACCCCGGGAAGCGUCGCACUGUCGACUUCACCAACAUCGUGACGCACCAGGGCAGCAGAGGACGUCCACUGGAGACGCCCAGACCUGGUUCACCAGACACAGGUGUCCUCUCUGAAGGGUUCGUGGACGACCCCGACGUCCCCCCACUCAUGUAAAAGACACUACGCAGAUGAACAAUGAAUGAGCGGGUUCAACCAGUCGUGUUUACAGGGAAGGAGACUGAAUCAGACCUAAACUGACCUUUACAUGGAUGUUUCUUACUCUCACUCCCUCAGUGAGUCUGGAAAUACUGAGAACUCAGUGUGAGUUUGUAACUUAUAUCAUUUUCCAUCAUUACAUUGUCUUAUUUGUUAUUCAACUUAAUCUCUUAUGUGUAUAUGAAAUGGUACAAACCAAUAUAUUAGACAAAUAGACGUAGAUGUAUCAAUAACAAUAAAUAACAUAAAUGGAUAAAUAAAACUCAUCUUGGGUUAUA